GGGAGUUCCAAAGUAGAGGCACUGUCACACUCAAACAUUGAGUGCUUACACGUGCAGAACAGAUGUGAUUUGGCACCUGGGGUGCCCGUUCUACUGAUUGAAGAGAUCAAGUGGGCACAUCUGGGAUGAAGCAAUCUCACAGGUCUGAAAGAAACCCUUCGACUGUGAAUUGAAGCAGGAGGACAGACCCAAGAUGGCUUCACCCGCAGACAGUUGCAUCCAGUUCACCCGACACGCGAGCGACGUCCUCCUCAAUCUCAACCGCCUCAGGAGCAGGGAUAUCCUGACGGACGUGGUGAUCAUCGUCAACCGGGAACAGUUCCGAGCCCACAAAACAGUCCUGAUGGCCUGCAGUGGCCUUUUCUACAGCAUUUUCACCGAUCAGCUGAAGUGCAAUUUGAACGUCAUCAACUUGGACCCAGAGAUCAACCCCGAAGGGUUCGGCAUCCUCCUUGAGUUCAUGUACACCUCCCGCCUCAACCUGCGGGAGAGCAACAUCAUGGCUGUCAUGACCACUGCUCUCUACCUGCAGAUGGAACACGUGGUAGAUACCUGCCGGAGGCUGGUCAACACCAGUGACACAGAGAUGAUGUCUGCCGUGAAGACUCAGCGGGAAGACUUUCUGGGCGGUCGCCUGGCCAGCCACCCGGAUAUGAUGGCAUACAGGAGCAGCAGGGAAGUCUCUGAAAACGGGCUGCCUCUCCGGAACGGGUCCAUCUGUGACGGAAGAGCCUUUGUCCCCGGCUUGUACAGCGGCCUUUCGGGCUCCCCCAUCUCCUACACUGGAUACAGCCCCAUGCCCGUCGGCGGGUACCUCUUCUCAGACGAUGAGCUGCGGGAAGCAAGGAUGCCCCUGCCGGACAUUCCCAGGGCCAACCCUUUCCCGAGGGAGCGGGCGCUGCCGUGCGGCGCAUCCCGGGCGGGCGCCGCAGAUUACGCCCGGAGCGUCGCCGAGGUGUCUCCCGGCAUGUGCCAAGCUGCCAUGUACUCCCCGAAGAAAGCUGCUGCCGAAGAGGUCAAAAGUGAUUUGCACUACAGCGGCCCCCCUGCCCCCAAGCCCGCCGCCCCGUUGGUAUCCCGCAACACCGCCUACUUCCCCUGCGACAAGGCAGGGAAGGAGGAGGAGAGGUCCCCCUCCGAAGACGACAUCAGCCAGCGCUUCGAGGCAAGCAACGCCCCCAUGAACCGCAAGGUCCUGGUCAGCCCCCAGAGCCCGCAGAAGUCAGACUGCCAGCCCAACUCGCCCACCGAGUCCAGCAGCAGCAAGAACGCCUGCAUCGGGCAGAGUCCUGGCGGGCCGCCGUCGGCCAAAAGCCCCACCGACCCCAAGGCUUGCAACUGGAAGAAGUACAAGUUCAUCGUUCUCAACUCGCUCAACCAGAGUGCCAAGCCGGACGGGCCUGAGCAGGGCGAGGCGGGGACCCUCUCCCCCCGCGCCUAUGCCCCCUCCCUGACCUGCCAGCAGUCGAUGGAGCUGGAGAGCCUGGAUGUUCAGUCCCCCACCAAGAUGAGCGUCAACGGAGAGGACUCGACAAUCCCUCAGGCCAGCAGGCUGAACAACAUCGUCAACAGGUCUCUGGAUGGGUCUCCUCGGGGCAGCGAGGACCAGUCGCCUUUGUACCUGCAUUCUUCCAAGUGCAGCUCCUGCGGUUCGCAAUCCCCCCAGCAUUCUGAGAUGUGCCUUCAUACCCCCGGCUCACACUUCGGAGAAGAGAUGGGAGAGACGCAAUCGGAAUACUCCGACUCCAGCUGUGAGAACGGAACCUUUUUCUGCAACGAGUGCCACUGCCGCUUUUCGGAAGAGGCGUCGCUGAAGAGACACUCCCUCCAAAUGCACAGCGACAAGCCCUACAAGUGCGACCGUUGCCAGGCCUCCUUCCGCUACAAAGGGAACCUUGCCAGUCAUAAAACUGUGCACACAGGCUCCGUUCUGUUUGUCGAGACAGGCGAGAAGCCGUAUCGCUGCAGCAUCUGCGGGGCCCAGUUCAACCGGCCGGCCAACCUGAAGACCCACACGCGAAUCCACUCGGGAGAGAAGCCCUACAAGUGCGAGACCUGUGGGGCGAGGUUUGUCCAGGUAGCACACCUGAGAGCUCAUGUGCUGAUACACACCGGCGAGAAGCCCUACCCGUGCGAAAUCUGUGGGACCCGCUUCCGGCAUCUGCAGACGCUCAAGAGUCACCUGCGAAUCCACACUGGGGAAAAGCCCUACCAUUGUGAAAAGUGCAACCUGCACUUCCGCCACAAAAGCCAGCUGCGCCUCCACCUGCGCCAGAAGCACGGCGCCAUCACCAACACCAAGGUGCAGUACCGCGUCUCGACAGUGGAAGGCGCCGCCGAGCUCCCGAAGGCUUGCUGAAAGAAGGACCUGUUUCUCGACAAA